ACCGCCGGGUCUCUCCAUCCAGCUCGCUUCACUCAACGCAGCCGAUAACUCGUCUCUUGCACUCCCUUAGACGGCCUCGUCCUGUUCCAACCAGACUCCACGUCUAAUCCUCCACCAUGUCUCUCGACUGGACACAUCAGUUCUGCCUCGGCUGCGACAAGCAGACCGACGGUGCCACCUACUGCUCCGAAUCCUGCCGACUGGCCGAUUAUGAGAAGACAUCACCUUCAACACCUAGCUCCGCCGCGAGCUCUCCGGCAUUAAGCAGCCCUCCGCUUGACUGGACCCUGCCGAGGCCGUCCAGCGCAACGAGCAACAGGAGGUUCUACCUGUCGCCGGCAUACGAGUUCAGCAGCAACGCUCUGUCAAGUAGCCCUCGAAGGGACUCGACCAGAGGCCACGGCCUCUCGCCGUCGGCAUCACACACUAGCCUCUGCUCGAUGAGGAGCACUUCCUCCGCUGCACCUCUCGACGCGGCACAGCUGUCCGAAAAGGCGGCGAGGGAGCUUCGCGCGUAUGCCCGCUCGUUCGAAUCCGUCCGCCUCCAACGUAGACGAUCAUACUAGACCUACCACCGACGGUCUCGAUCUCUACAUCCUCCUCUCAGCUUCGUCGACAGUUAGGUGUCGUCAGCAACUACACCCCAACUCAAUCGAUCCAUCCACGCCAUAAAGAAAACCCCACACGACUCAGC